CCCUCCAAAACCAAUAACCAAUACUCAACGGACCUUGAACCGGUACAAGCUACAAUUUCAUUCGGUUUUUUGUGUGUAUUAAAACAAUAUUAAAACGUGUUGAAGUUUUAUUUUAUGUUAAAAUACAAUGGAUGUGCCUAAAUUAACGGAAGGCUCUUUAAAGGUCAUCAUGCAAGGUGGUCAAAUUGAUAAACCCGUUAUGCAAGUGCUCGGAUGUAAAUUACUUCCUAGUGGCAAUAGCUCAAGCAAAGAACGUUAUCGACUUUUGCUUUCUGAUGGAGUCAACUACAUCACGUUUGCGAUGUUAACUACUCAGGUCCAUAGUGGGGAGCUAAGCAGCUUUUCCAUUAUAAGAAUCAACAAAUAUGUUAGUACAGUUAUUAAUAAUACAGGAAAAAGCGAAAAAAAGCUUUUGGUUCUACUUGAUAUUGAUGUAUUGGUAGAUGGUUCUAAAUUAGAAAAAAUUGGAGAACCUUUACAAUUACCUGAUAGUUUAGAACAGAUUGAAAGUAGUAAUCACAGCAACAAUAAUGUUUCGAAUGUUUCAAAACCUGUUGUUAGUGGAUCUUCAAGUGUGGCUCCAAAGAAAAAUGGCAUUGAUUUGAAUAGUACCUCUUUACAGGAUUGCCUUCAUAAUCCAAUUGCUAGUAUAAGUCCAUAUCAAAACAAAUGGGUUAUUAAAGCUAGAGUAAGUAAUAAAUCCGCAAUAAGAACAUGGUCAAACUCAAGAGGUGAAGGAAAACUGUUUUCAAUGGAUCUUAUUGAUGAAAGUGGUGAGAUUAGAGCAACCGCUUUUAGAGAUUUGGUUGAUAAAUUUUACGACAUGAUUGAGGUUGAUAAAGUUUACUAUAUUAGUAAAUGUCUCGCAAAAAUGGCUAAUAAACAAUACACCAGCAUUAAAAAUGAUUAUGAAUUAACAUUAACCAAUGAUACAAUAAUUCAACCAUGCGAAGAUGAUAUAGAUGAGAUUCCACAAACUCAGUUUAAUUUUAUCUCGAUUGAUAAAAUCAGUAAUAUUGUAACUGGAUCUAUGGUGGAUGUAAUUGGUGUAUGCAAAAGUGCCACUGAUGUCCAAACAUUUAAUGCUAAAUCGACCGGAAGAGAAUUAAAAAAGAGGGAAGUCACUCUUGUCGAUACAACGAAUACUGGAGUUAGUUUGACUUUAUGGGGAGCCGAUGCUGAAAAAUUUGAGGAUACAUCAAACCCAAUUGUUGCUUUAAAAGGGGUAAAAGUUGGCGAAUUUGGAGGUGGAAAAAAUAUAAGUUUAAUAGGUGGAAGUAUUAUGAGGGUGAAUCCUGAUAUUCCAGAAGCUCAUAAACUUAGAGGAUGGUUUGAUAAUGAUGGAAUGGGUCUUGAGGUUAAUAAUAUUAGUGCACGUACUGGUGGUGGAAACUUUCAGACGGAAUGGAUGAAUCUUAGAGCUGUUAAAGAAGCCGGUUUGGGUCGUUCUGAAAGAGGCGAUUAUUACCAAGUUAAAGCAACAGUUAUUUUAUUAAGAUCUGAUAAAAUGUUGUAUAAAGCAUGUGCUAAUGAAGGGUGUAAUAAGAAAGUUGUCGACCUUGAAAAUGGAAUGUUUAGAUGCGAAAAAUGUGCAAGAGAAUACCCUGGUUUUAAAUAUAGAUUACUUGGAAGUGCCAAUAUUAGUGAUUGGAGUGGUAAUCAAUGGAUCAGUAUGUUUUCAUCAGAAGUGGAAAAAAUUAUUGGUGCCACUGCUGAAGAAGCUGGUAAUGCUGUACAAAUGGAUAUGAAUGCCCUCGCUGAAAUUGGGAAUAAAGCAAAUUUUAAGCAGUUUGUAUUUAAAUGCAGAGCUAAAUACGAAUCAUACAAUGAUGAAACCAGGCUUAAAACUGUAGCAGUGAGAGUCGAUACAAUUAACUAUAAAGAAUAUAACAAUCAUUUAAUCACCAGAAUCAAACAAUUAAUGUCUGAGUAAAAAUAUUUUUAAGUUAUGUUUUAAUAGUUAUAUGUUUUGUUUUUAUGUUAGGUUACUAUAUACAUUAAGUAGUUUGGUUAAUAUAAUAGAUUUACAUAACAUCUUUUUAUGGACAAAUAUUUCCUAAUAUUUGUUAUACAGAAAAUGAUAUGAACAUUUUGUACUCUGAAUCAAAAUUUUUUUUGGGUAUAAAAUCCUUUUUUGUUACCAUCACUAGUUAAAAAUAAAAAUGAAUAGAAUUUGAUGGCUUACACAUCCCUUAUUGAUAAGUUUUUUUUUCUUAUAUUCUUUUAUAUUUUGCAUAGUAUAUUUUUAUAAACCCCUAGUUUUUAAUUCCAUUAUUCUUUUUAAGCAUAAAAAGACCACUGUAUUUUCUGGUGUAAUCAGAACAUCUAAUGUUUGAGUACUAAGGUUUUUUCUUACUAUCACUAUUUAAAAAAAUAUACAAUAUUAUAAUUUAUUUCAUCGUAAUUACAUAUUUUAAGACCUUUUCAUGUUGAUUUUUUGCGUAAUAAUUAAAACUGAAACGGGAUUUCUUA